AUGGGGUUACGCCGGUUCGAGCGCGUGAAGAACUCCGCGCGCCCCGCGGCGAAGCUCGGCGGCGGCGGCGGAUGGGUCGCGAAAGACGACGCGGACGCGGACGCUCCGCCGCCGUUCCCGUCCGCGCUGCCGAAGCGACCGAGGAAGACGACCCCGCACGGCGACGGCGACGGCGUCGCGACGACGAAAAUGAAAGCGUUCAGCGGCGGCGGGUGGCGCGCGGCCGCGCCCGGGUUCGGCGACCCGGAGGACCUCGCGCCCGCGCGGCCGCCGUCGAGUAAGAUCCUUCUCGGAAACCUCGCCACGGACGUCGACCCGGACGCGAUGCGCGACGCGCUGACGGAGAAGUGCCGCGGUCUCGAGCUCGGCGACGGCGCGCUCGUGCGCGUGACCGUAGCCGUGUUCGGCCCCGCGCGCCCGAUGCUGAAGCGCGACCGCAACAGACGGCAUCGCGGGUUCGCGGUCGCGGAGUGGAGCGAUCCCGACGUCGCCGCCGCCGCGCGCGAGCGCCUGCGCGACGCGACGCUCACGACGCCGACGAGCGCGAAAACCCCGGGCGGGGUGCGGCCGUUGAAAGCGUCUAUGGAGGUCGGGCCCGCGAUGGACGAACACUUUCUCGCGGGAACGCAGGGGGUGGAGAAGGAUGAGGAGGACGCGGCGGCGGCGGCGGCGGCGGAACAGGCGGAGAGAGACCGCGCGUGGAACAUGAACGAACUCCGCGCGCUUCCGAUGCGCGCGUCGUGCCUCAGCACGCACACGACGCUGCCGGACUUGACGCCGUAUCAACGCUCGCGCGUGAUGCGUUACUUCCACGACGCCAUCGACGGCCUGCCCGAGCUCCGCGAUAUCGUCGCGCUCGUGGAGGCGGCGGCGCCGAAGUACACGCGCGUGAAAGAGCUCAUCGAAUCCGUGGAAGCGUUCAAGCUCCUCCUCGCGUUCUUAGCGACCGCGGAGCACGCGGGCGGGACGUACAACGAGGUCGAGACGUUCUUCGACCUCGCGUGCGGGCACGGCCUCGUCGGCGUCCUCGUCGCGUACGCGUUUCCGAGCCGCCGCGUCGUCGCGUGCGACCGCGUGCGUCGACGCGCCUUCGACGUCUACGUCCGAGCGUUCGGCGCGUUUGUCGCCGCGGAGGACGCGGGGACGCCCCCGCCGUUCUCUCACGUCGUGGAGGGGUCCCCGUCGGACGAAACACCAGACGCGAGCGGGAUGGGGACGAUGCCGGGCGACGCGGCGGCGGCGACGGCGACGGCGUCGAGGGCGCGCGCGGACGCGGCGGCGAGGGCGCACAGGAGAGGCGCGAGCGACGCCGUCGUCGCGUCGCACGCCGCGGCGACCGCCGCCGCGGAGGCGCGCGCGAACGCGCUCCUCCCGCCGCUCUCUCCCUCGCUCCUUCCCAACCUCGCGCAUAUCGAGGGUGAGAUCGACGCGAUACGGUCGCGCGUGAACGACAGAAGCUUGGUGCUCGCGCUUCACGGGUGCAACGAGGCGAACAAGGAGAGCAUGGACAUGGCUCGGCGCGCCGACGCGUUGUGGUGCGUCAUGCCGUGUUGCGUGAAGGCGCGUUCUAUACACUGGUCCCCAUACGACCCCGUCGGCGUGGUGAACGCCAGCGAGCUGUAUCUCCCUCAGUGCACGCUGUCGAAGCUGACGGACGAGGCGCGGUACGCGUUCGUGUGCGGCGCGAUGGCGGCGUCGUACGACGCGCAGAUGGUUCGCAGCAUCGAUCGGAGGAUAACGAACCGGGCGUUGAUGUUGUCGGGGGGAUGGGACGCGCGGCGCGCGGGCGUCGGCGGCGGCGGCGGCGGCGGCGCGCGCGCGAACGCCUCGAACGCGGGGCCGUUCAAGCUGCGGUUCUUGACGGAUCACAAGCGGUUGGUCCCGCGCGCGGCGGCGCGCGAGACGCCGGUCGGCGCGCCGCGCGCCGCCGCGCGAUAG